UUCGACCGUUGCUAGUGAAAAUGCCUUUAGCCUUGGAGGAAGGAUUGUGGAUCCGUUUAGAGCUUCUUUGACAUCUAGGAUGGUCGAGGCCUUAGUUUGCACAAAUGAUUGGCUUAAAGGAGAGGAAUUUCAAUUUCACAAGGAGCCUACGGAAGAAGAUCUUGAGUUCUACAUGGAACUCGAACAAAUGGAACAAAAUAUUCUCAAUACAAAUGAAAUGCCACCACCUCCAUCUAAAAGUGCAAAUCCACCCGAGUCCGGAGUUAAAAAAUUACCGUCACAUCCAUCUCGAGGGGGAAGAGGGGGAAGGGUUCGAUCAAACUGUGGUGGACGUGGCGGUGGUGCUACAUCAUCGAGCAAAUUAAUAGAUGAGGAGUAG